UGUUUGGACUUCACGUGGGGAAGCAAAACUAAAUAAAAAAAAAUACAAAUUUGAAGAAUUGUCUGAUUACUGCAUUAUGUCAAGCGCCGGGGACUGGUGUUUGAUUGAAAGUGACCCUGGCGUUUUCACAGAACUAAUUAAAGGAUUCGGUUGUGAAGGUGUGCAGGUUGAAGAGAUAUGGAGUUUAGAUGAAGAAACAUUAAAAAAUCUAAAACCAGUGCAUGGGUUGAUAUUUCUGUUCAAGUGGGUGCCAGACACAGAACCUGAUGGUUCAAUUGUGCAAGAUAGUCGUCUUGAGAAAAUAUUCUUUGCUAAACAGGUUAUAAAUAAUGCAUGUGCAACACAGGCAAUCCUAAGUAUAUUAUUGAACUGCAGUCAUUCAGAUCUGACCCUUGGUGAAACACUCGCAUCUUUUAAAGAAUUCUCACAGAACUUUGACCCUGCACUGCGAGGGCUAAGUCUAAGUAAUUCCGAUGUUAUUAAACAAGUUCACAAUAGCUUUUCUAGACAGCAAAUGUUUGAAUUUGACGAGAAGCAGGCUAAGAAAGAUGAUGAUGUAUUCCAUUUUGUUAGUUAUAUUCCUAUAGAUGGCAGAUUGUAUGAAUUAGAUGGUCUUAAAGAUGGUCCUAUAGACUUGGGUAGUAUAUCAGAAGGCUCAGACUGGUUAGACAUGGUUAAACCUGUUCUUGAAAAACGCAUGCAGAAGUAUAGUGCUGGUGAAAUCCAUUUUAAUCUGAUGGCUAUUGUGUCAGAUAGAAAAGCCUGCUACGAGAAGAGAUUACAAGAAUUAAUUGCUCAAACAGAGACAGGAGGUAUGGAGACAGAUUUACUGAAGUCACAAGUAAAUCAGUUACAGAUGUUGGUAGCAGAGGAGGAACGUAAAAUGAAGAAAUAUAAGGUUGAAAACAUUCGAAGAAAACACAAUUACCUCCCUUUUAUAAUGGAAUUGUUGAAGAUACUCUCAGAAAAGGGACAGUUGCUACCACUUGUUGAAAAGGCCAAAGAAAAGGCAGAAAAGCGGAAAGAAGAAAAGGGAAAAACAAAAUAAAACCUGAUACAGUUUACAAAUAGAUAUUAAGAUUUACAGGGAACAAGAUAAUGCCAUGAUGAGCAGGUUUGAAAAUGGCGUCUCAGUCUUUUGUUAAGUUAUAUCUUGUUAAAUGGAUUCACAGAUGAAUCAAUUUUACUUUCUGCAAUUGAAUUUUUAAAUUCUAUAAUUCAGGGAUAUUUAUAGCAGAGGAUAACUUGCAGGAAAGAUUUUUCAAAUGAAAUACAAAUGUUUAUCAUGGCAAUUGGUACAAAUGUAAAAAUGGUGUUGAAAUAUGAUCUCAGAUCUGAUGCUGGCAAUUUGUCAGUCUGAUUCCAUCUUAUGUUUACGAGGUUUCAGACAUAGAAUUGUGUGGUUUAUUAUACCAGGGGUGAGGUUUCCUGUUAGGGUUUGGAGCAUAGUUUUUCGUUAAGGAAACUUAAUCAGAAACUGAUGCUGUUCUAUUCUGGUUCUCAUUAUUGUCCUGUACAGCCAAAGGGAAUUUGAACCUUACUGUGAAUUUGUGAUCAUAUUUUACCUUGUGACUAUUGUCAUUGUGCUAGAUUACUGUGAAAUCAUUAAUAUUUGUGGGGGACCAAUUUUCGUGGAUUUUGUGGUUGAAAUUUAAUUCCAAAGAAAAUGUAAAAUUCCCAUUAAUUCUAUGUUCAAAAGUUGAAAUCCACGAAUUCAUAUCCCCACGAAAUCGCCGUUUUGACCAAAACCAUGAAAAUUCAUUCCCACGAAAUUAAAUGAUUUUACAGUAUAUUAUAAAACUUAUGUUCACUGUUCUGUAUUAUCAUAUUCUCAUUUUGCAUUUGGAACACAAACAGUAAACUUAAGAAUAAUUUUAAUUAGCAUUGUUUUCUGUUUUUAAUUUAUUAUUAUAGCAUUGUUUUUCCGUGAUUUAUCAAAAAUCAAUUCAAGUUCUAAUACAAAAAGUAAAGAAAAGUGUAGUGCUUAGGAAUGUGAUCUGUCAUUUCACAUUUGAGCCAUGCCAUGAGAAAACCAACAUAGUGGGUUUGCAACCAGCAUGGAUCCAGACAUCCGUGCAGGCUGGUCUGGAUCCAUGCUGUUUGCUUUCAAAGCCUAUUGCAAUUAGAGAAACUGUUAGCGAACAGCAUGGAUCCUGACCAGACUGCGCGGAUGCGAAGGCUGGUCUGGAUCCAUGCUGGUCGCAAACCCAUUAUGUUGGUUUUCUCAUGGCAUGGCUCAUUUUAUCUUUAAACUUAGCUUUGUUAUGGUAACAAAAAUAUUCCAGAUAUACCCUCUUAUAAAAAUAUGUUUUUUAUUUCAUCAGCUGAGGACCCCAUUUUUGCCAGAUUGUGUUCAAAAGUUGUCAGAUGUUGUAUUGAGCAGAGAAAAGAUUUCUUUGCAUGUUUCUAUUUCUUAUAAAGUAAAUUAUUCUGUUUUGAUGAGAUGCGGUAUCAUUUUUGAUAGAACUGUUUUAAGUUCGGCAAAAUCAUGCACUACAGCAUGUUACGAGUGUUAGAAACAUUUACAGAGCAUGUAAAAUGUUGUAAGUACAUGAUCCACAUUUGUUGUCAGAAACUGUAGGCAAGAAAAAAUUAAAAUAAAAUUUUUUAUGUACUA